AUUAAGAUCCAUUAUUAAACAAAGACUAUUCGUCUAAAAUAUAAUAUAUAAUUCAAAUCUAACCCAAUGCGUUGAAGAAAAAAUGUUAUUUAACAUGUGUUGCUUGGAUUUGAAGUACAUACAUAUGUCUUUAGAUCUGAAAUUAUAAACGUUUCAGAGAUUUCUUAAUCCUUUGACGAAGAGACUAUAACAAGGAAAGAGCAAAACGUGCCGCUCGGAUCUGGUCCAUGACGCGUCUUUUAGGUUAUCUGAAAAGUCAACGGUAAAGGGGUGUAGACUAUGACCAGUGAAGUGAACAGUCAAUAACAGACGGCAGGCAUAUCGGACGGUCAUUACUUUUUCCUGCUAUUUACAAACGGUCGUGAUCUCUCUCUGUGACAUGGGACCAAGUAAACUUUAUUAUAUUGAUAUCAACAAUGGAUUGUAUUUAUAAAAGAACAUCAAUUCGAGGUGGUGUUCAUCUAUAAGAUAAAAAGCAUACAGCAAGUAUUCUGAUACUUUUUAUAAUAUCCCUUAUUAUUACCACGUUUUAUUCUAUUUCAAUUUUCAUACACAAAAUAUUUUUAUUUUUAUAUGGCAUAGUAAAUUAACAUCAAUGGGUUGUAAAGUCUUUCUUUAAGUUUUUUUUGUUCUUUCCUGAUAAGCAAUUAAAAAACAUACAGUAAGUAUUUUAAUAACUUUUUAAUAAUAUUAUUAUUACCACGUUUGAUUCUAUUUUACUUUUUAUGACUACAGUCUUAUACUUUGGCAGAGUAAAAAAUUAACGUAAGUUGGUAUCAUUGGAUUGUAUUUCUAUAUUGCCAAAAAAAAAGAGAUUUAUUUAUAUAAAACAUAAGAAGACUUUUAAAAGUCUUUCUUUGAGGUUUUUUGUCGUAAAUAAAUUAGAAAAAGGCAGAAAUUAUGGGAGGACUCUUUUGUCACACAGUUGAUGCUGUCUAAAUAUCCGUUACCAGAAGCUAAGAGUUACCGACAGAAGAAAAUAUAAAUAUCUCAACCCACCGUGGAUCUGUGAAGCUUGUUGAACAAAUCAAAUGUUGUUGGGAGCUUAAAGAAAAGUUCUUACUUUAUUCUUAAAACUCUUCAGAUUCCAAGCUCAACUCAAGAAGGCUUUCAGAUUCUGACCAUGGAUCCUUAAAGAAGCUUGAAGAAGCAAAUUUGAAGAAGAUGGUUCGGAGAAUAAAGAGGAAAGGUUUCAUAAACACCGAAGCUGCAAGAGAGUUUUUCAAUCAUCUAGUUGCGGAGAGACACUCUCUUCUGUUGCUGGUUCCUUUGGUGUUAGCUUUCUGGGCUAUUGAGAGAUGGGUCUUCGCUUUCUCCAACUGGGUUCCUCUCGUUGUUGCUGUUUGGGCUUCUCUUCAGUAUGGGAGUUACCAAAGGGCAAUACUUGCAGAAGAUCUAACCAGGAAGUGGAAGCAAAACGUUUUCAAUGCUUCGACUAUAACUCCAUUGGAACAUUGCCAAUGGCUGAACAAAUUACUGUCUGAAAUUUGGCUAAACUUCAUGAACAAAAAACUCUCUCUCAGAUUUUCUUCUAUGGUAGAGAAACGGUUGAGGCAACGAAGAUCAAGACUAAUAGAAAAUAUACAGUUGUUGGAGUUCUCUCUUGGCUCAUGUCCUCCUUUGCUGGGACUCAACGGAACAUGUUGGUCUCAAUCAGGGGAACAGAAAAUCUUGCGGUUAGAUUUCACUUGGGACACAUCUGAUCUAAGCAUCUUGCUCCAAGCCAAGUUGUCCAAACCGUUUAACAGAACAGCAAGAAUCGUCGUCAACAGUCUUUGCAUCAAAGGAGAUAUACUAAUCAGACCAACUCUAGAAGGAAAAGCAAUGCUCUAUUCCUUUGUAUCUAACCCUGACGUUAGAAUCGGAGUUGCUUUCGGCGGUGGCGGUGGCCAAUCUCUUCCCGCCACAGAGCUUCCCGGUGUCUCCUCUUGGCUGGUGAAGAUCCUAACGGAAACAUUGAACAAGAAGAUGGUGGAGCCAAGACGAGGAUGUUUCUCAUUACCAGCCACCGAUCUUCACAAAACAGCAGUAGGAGGAAUCAUCUACGUAACAGUAGUCUCCGGUAGCAACCUUCAUCGCAGCGUCCUCCGCGGAAGCCCCUCCUCGAGAAGUCCCGACAUUGCGGAAAGUAGUAACGGUGGCAGCAGCAGCAACAAACCUGUACAAACGUUCGUGGAGGUCGAGCUAGAACAGCUGUCUCGAAGAACCGAGAUGAGAACAGGACCCAAUCCAGCUUAUCAGUCAACGUUCAACAUGAUCUUACACGACAAUACGGGGACGCUUAAGUUUAACCUCUACGAGAAUAAUCCUGCUAGUGUCAGAUACGACAGUCUCGCUAGCUGCGAAGUUAAGCUCAAAUACGUUAACGAUGAUUCUACAAUGUUUUGGGCCGUUGGAUAUGAUAACGGUGUGAUAGCUAAACACGCUGAGUUCUGUGGUCAAGAAGUUGAGAUGGUUGUUCCCUUUGAAGGUGUUAGCUCCAGCGAGUUGACUGUGCGGCUACUUCUAAAGGAAUGGCACUUCUCUGAUGGCUCACAUAGCUUGAACGGUGUUAACUCAAGUUCUUUACACUCACUCGAUGGAUCGGCUAGCUUGUUCUCGAAAACCGGUCGGAAGAUAAUCGUCACGGUUUUAGCAGGGAAGAAUCUUGUUUCUAAGACUGGAAAAUGCGACGCUAAUGUCAAGUUGCAGUAUGGGAAAACUAUACAAAAAACUAAGACGGUGAACGCGGCAGAGGGUGUGUGGAACCAGAAGUUUGAGUUUGAGGAGUUGGCAGGAGAAGAAUAUCUGAAAGUGAAAUGCUAUAGAGAAGAGAUGCUUGGCACUGACAACAUCGGUACAGCUACGUUGAGUCUUCAUGGGAUUAGUAACAGCGAAAUGCAUAUAUGGGUUCCUCUUGAAGAAGUUAGUUCUGGAGAGAUAGAGCUUUUGAUCGAAGCUCUUAGUCCUGAGUAUAGUGAAGCGGAUUCUAGUAAAGGCUUGAUUGAACUGGUGCUUGUUGAAGCCCGGGAUCUCGUGGCUGCGGAUCUUAGAGGAACCAGUGAUCCUUACGUCAGGGUUCAGUACGGAGAGAAGAAACAGAGGACAAAGGUUAUUUACAAGACAUUGCAUCCCAAAUGGAAUCAGACAAUGGAGUUCCCAGAUGAUGGGAGCUCCUUGGAGCUACACGUCAAAGACCAUAACACACUGCUUCCAACUUCAAGCAUCGGUAACUGCGUUGUGGAAUACCAACGGCUAAAGCCAAACGAGACAGCCGACAAGUGGAUACCUCUCCAAGGAGUGACACGUGGAGAGAUCCGUGUGAGAGUCACGAGGAAAGUCACCGAGGCUCCAAGAAGAGCCAGCGCGGACUCUAGCUCUCCGUUCAACAAAGCGCUCUUGUUGUCUAACCAGAUGAAGCAGGUGAUGAUAAAGUUUCAGAAUUUGAUCGACGAUGGAGAUCUCGAAGGUCUUGGUGAAGCUUUGGGAGAGCUGGAGAGUUUGGAGGAUGAGCAAGAAGAGUAUUUGGUCCAGCUUCAGACAGAGCAGAUGCUGCUUAUCAACAAGAUUAAAGAUCUUGGUAAAGAGAUUCUUAACUCGUCCCCUGUUCAAGCCACGUCUCAUUCGCCGUCUAGGUCCGGGUCUGGUUCGGGAGGUGGAUCGUAUAGCCGGCUAAGAUUACCAGCGCCAAUGUAGUGUAGUUAGUUUGUGAUCAACCUACAAAAACAAUCUAUGGUGUAUAUAGAUAGAUAUGUAGGGCAUUGGAUAAAAUGUUUAAAGAGAAUGUGAUCAGCCCUUUGUGUUACAGAAAGGUAGAAACCAUCAUCUGUAAGUUUGUUUUUUAUUUCCAUUGUUAUUGAGUAGCCACUAAAGCAGUUGUAAUAGUUUGUAAAAACUGUUAUUCUGUUUCUAGUCUGAGAAAUAAUUUACGGAAACUA